AUGGAUUUUUUUGGGCAGCGGAGCAAAGCGCAUUCAGCUUCAAACAAAAAGCCAACAGUGGUCACCACUACUACUACGAAAAAAAAGGUCGCGCCCCAGGCGCCUUCUCGCGCUCCGACAGUUAAGAAGCACAAUGCAUUACCCGAAGCGAUCCAGCAGCGCAUCCAACGCGAGCAUCAGACGGCGGCAGCGGAGGCAGCACCUCCAUCGAAUACAUCAUCACGCCCUAAGAAGCGAGUCAAAAAGGCGUCUCAACCAGAUGCGACCACUUCUAGAACCAUGUUAGGUGACGAUGACGCAGACGACACAGCACUCGAUCGCAUCACUCAGGGCAGCCGAUCUACGCGCUCCGUAUUUUCAUACCAUGUACCUCGUGAUAUUGUAUCGGAUGAUGCGUACUCACCGUUAUCUGAAGAUACGCGUGCCAAGGCGACGCGGUGCAUCACGAGUCGCGCACUUGUCGAAGCCUCCUCAUGCCGGUAUGAGCCAUACUUUGACGGAUUAGACGACCAUCCUGUCGUGGUACUUGAGUAUCCAGCCUGUGAUGCAAGCGAAGAAUUCCUGUUACUAGUUCCUGUUGAUUCGGACGAGUACGAUCCCAUCUCAGACUUGCUAUGUUGUGUCGGCGCCAUGGCUGCCAACUAUAUCCCGCCCGAGAUGCGCGAGGAGUUUGGCACACUCGAAAGCCUAGAGACGAGUAGUAGUGCAGGUAUGCCACUGUCCAGAGUAUCCAUGGCCUCUCUCUCGAAACUUGAUUCGAGUCACGUAACUGACCAUCACGACAAGGACUCACUACCUCCGCAAGAGGAGGAAACCAUUCUGCGUGCAUUUACGAAAGCCCGUAAUCGUCGCCAUGGGCCGCUUUUUCUUCGUACCCUAGAGCGGUUCAAUGCCAAAAUUCGCGAGCUUAGACAGCGAGGUGUCAUCGCCGCUCAGCUCCAUUCCCUGGGGCAAUCACACGGUGUACCCGAACAUGUAUGGCGCACCAUUCAAGAGCAAGUGUAUGCCCGUGUCGUGUCACCGCACGUCGACAAACUCAAACAAUACGAGGCGUUCUCAGAUAACGUAUAUGGUGAAAUGCUUCCACCGUUUCUCAGCGAGAUUGCUCGUAUCGCCCAGCUUGGUCCCUCUUCUGUAUUCAUCGACUUGGGCAGCGGUAUCGGCAACCUCUUAAUCCAGGCGUCCUUGCAAACAGGAUGCGAGGCGUACGGGUGUGAGUACAUGCCCAUUCCCAGCGACUUGGCCGAGCAGCAAAUCAUCGAGGCGUCGCAUCGCUGGCGCAUGUGGCAUGUCCGAGGUGGACCUCGCGUAGAAUCCUGGCAGGGCGACUUCACCACGCUGGACCGCGUCGGUCAAGUGCUUCGACGUGCGGAUGUCGUUCUUGUGAACAACUAUGCGUUUCGUCCCCAAACGAACGAUACACUCUCAUUGCAAUUUCUCGACCUGAAGGACGGUACCAAGAUUUUCUCGCUGCGUCCAUUUGUAUCGCCUGAUUUCCGGCUGACGGAGCGCACACUUUCCAGUCCUCAGGCCAUCCUGCGGAUGGAGCAGCACAAAUACACGGGCGGCUGUGUCAGUUGGACAGCUGGCGGCGGCGUGUACUAUGUACACACCGUCGACCGCCAACUUGUGCAGGACUUUGUGGCGCAGCAACCAUCGGCUGGUGCUAUAACGUCGUAG